AUGGUCGCAACGGUUACCAAGUCAACAAAACAAAAUGGCCGCAGAGGUUGCAGUGUAGAUCUCAUGCUGGAGGAUGAACCGAAUGUUGUAGGAAGCAGCAUCAUGUCGCACACGAAACUGCCCCCUCUACCACCGUAAGUGUCUAUUGUUAUCUAUUUUUAAGACGCAUCGUGCAAUCUGGUCCUCCCUCUCGUAAUCAACUGGAAUGGAAGAAAGUAAAGACGGCAAUGGAGAGUUGUACUAAGUCGUACAAACCAGAAAUUAUUUAGUUGGCAUUUUUGGAUAUUCGUAGGAUUUUAGGCUAAGUAAAACACAGAUAUCUACCUUCUAAGGAUCUUACUUCGGCUUCCUACAUGCACAUACAGCUGUAAGACUAAUUGUUUGUAGGUUGUUCGAUAUGAGCCCUCGGCACAUAAUGGAUUUUAAUACCAAAGAUCUUACUAAAUACAAUGUCCAAGUUGUCCAGAGGGAAUCUUGAAACUUAAGUGAGACCGUGAGUUACUGAAAGCGAUUAUGGGUUUAGUGGGAUUUGGAAAGUUUUUCCCGCAGUAAAUCCUCUUUUUUAACUUUUUAAAUGAAAUAUUGGAACGUAAAUUCCUUAGAAUUGCAUGAUCCAUGUGUUUUGUAACUUCUCCUCCUUAAAAUUGCUUACACAUCCUUCACACAAAAACUAUAUAUGUCAUUUCUCUGCACUAUCUGUGGUAAAUUUCUUCUAACUUAAGUUUUGACAAUUCAGUGGGCAUGAAAGAUAUUGUAAGGUUAGAACAUAUGCUGUUUUGUGGACUCCUAAGAGUGUAAAGGUUACUUUACAAUGAUAAUGAAUCUGGUAAGAUACUAGUAUUCACAGGGAAUAUCUUCAUAAAUGCAUCCCACCAAAUACAACCAGUAGGUAUGCACCAUUAUUUUAAAUCUUCAAGUGUUCUAUUAAAAAUGCUGCAGUCUUAUUAACUUUGCUAUUUAUUAUCCAUUCCAUGCUAUCAGGUAACUAGAGUGAGUAACCUAGUUUUAUCUUAAAACACCAGAUUAUUUUCUUCAGGUUUCUUAGUGUGGUUGCUGACCAGGAUUUUUCCCUCAUCAACUUUCACUCAAUUGAAAUCGUAAGCACUCAAGUAGCACAUAAGGGCUGGCUAAAACUUUAAUGAAUUGACUCAGAAGUGUGUUCUGACUUAUUCAUUCCAAAGCUCCCUGACAACAUAUCCUCAACCCAACACAAAUGGCAAAACUGUAAAACAGUACACUGGACUGAGUGGAUCAAGUUAUAGCCUGACUGGCCCAUCUGGUAGUACAAAGUUUGCUCUCCCUUCAGCGGCUGUACUGCAGGUACUGUCCUUCUUUCAGUAGAUCUAUUGGUUUAUGAAUUCCUUUUGAUACUUGAUAUAUCCGACUACUAGGUAAAAGUAUAUACACCUGUUUUAAGGGGGUUAAUGUAUUGAGUCCUAUACAUUUAUAUUCAAUCCAUUAUAUAGGGUUACUGCUUGGAUGGAUGAUGUCACAUAAUAUUCUGUGUUGUUUUUUCUGCUUUUAUUUUUCUGUUUCAUUCCUGCAUUUUUAGGAGUCAGCAAUUGAAUUUAUUAUUUUCCACGUAAAACCAGAAUGACUGUAGAUAAUGACAAACGCAUCCCAUGUCAAUGCUUCAGGCAUCUUGUAGUUUAUAAAUACAUUUUCUUUCUUUCUAUUUCUUUUAGCCCUAUAUAGACACCAGGGCAGGGACUUUGGACACAUGGCCAGCACAUGCUCUUGGUCCCAGUGCCCCAGAUCUCAACCCUGGGGUGGCCAAACAAAGUAAUGAAUUCAUGCCAAAGGGAGUGCAUAAGCCAAAGUUCCUGGAACAAUUAGAGGCUUUCUUGCAAAAAGAAUUGCGCUCUUUAGAUUGUGCAGAAAUGGUUCCAAGUGAAAAAAGAUUACAGGUGUGUUUCUUAGUGAAAAUAAUAUGUUUUUUCCUAAAUAUACAUUUAUUUACAUACAUGUUGAUUUAAGCAGAGGAGCAUAAGAUUGACAUGUCAGCUGGCUCAGGUCAACUAUUCAUAAAAGAACACUAUUUUGUAUGGGACAUCUAUUCUUUCAUGAUUUCUCAAAAAUGAAAAAAAACAUAAAUUGAAGAGUAAAUUAAAGGUAGGGUACAUGUAGACUGGAAAAAAACAAUUUAACCCUUGAACCCCCAUGAGUGACCAAGACAGAAUCUCUCCUUACAAUAUCAAUACAAUAUCAAGAAGGCAAGCAAUGAGAAUAAAGAAAAAUAUCAAUUAGGGGAUUAUAAGUCAAUCCAAUCCCAAAUUCUCCAAACUAACAUCACAAGAACUGUAUGGCAGACAGUAAGGAGAAUUACUGAUGAGAUCUUGGGAGUUAGAGGGUUAAAAAAAAUUUAAUAGAUAGUAAAAAUGUGAAAAACCUAUCUACCACCAGGUAAAAAAGCACUGGUUUUGUGGUAGUCAUUAUGGAAUGUUUGUUUCUAUCAUUUGAUUUAUUUACAUUUCAUCCUUCACCCUUAGACUAAUAAGGGUGACCAGCAUCUAUGUUCUCCUUACAAUUUCACCCCUGAAUUGAAUAUUAAGGUCACUAAAGUAAAUGAAAUGAUCAUCACCUAAAGAAGUUCUUGAUCUUUAACACAACAUCUCCUUGUCUGCACCUUAGGAAAUGUAUACAGAACGUUAUGGAGAAUUUGUAUUCUGGCGUUAGGGUGUAAUGGGUUAAAUGGUGAAAUGGUGGGUAAAAUCAUAACACUUGUGUAUAACUGUGUCUCUAAUUCUGAACAUAUCCAUGUAGGUAUGCACAUGUCUUUUAUCAUGGAGAAUGAAGAUGAUAAUAUUGAGCACAAUGAUUUUUUUUGAGUUGUUUUGUUAUAUUUUCUCUCAGGCUUUUAGGGAGGUAUUUGAAUAUUUAAUAGAAGACUUCAAGACUUACAAGCCUCUGUUAUCAGCAAUAAAGCAUGAGUAUGAGAUGAUGUUGAUUCAUCAGAGGGAGAAGAUCAGGGAACUGGAACCUUUGAAGGUACUUCCAUCUAAAAUUGAUAAUACUGCAGGUUAUUUAUAUGUACUUUAUAUUUCAAUCAUAAAAGUCUGACUAAGGUACCAUUUUUUAAAUAAAGGGGGUAAGUUUCUAAAGAAACUGGGGUGCUGCAUCAGUAGGAGAGUAUAACAAGGUAAUUUGGUGUGAUCAAUUGAUAAACAUAAAUUGGCCACCUCAAAGAGUUUCUAAGCUGAUGUUUUGAGUAGUAACCCUUCAUCAAAGCAAAUGGGGCGAUGAGACAAUUAAAUUAAAGUUAAUUGCUUAAAAUUAGCUAUAUUCUAGACCACCACGUGAUCAAGCAAUGUAGAUUUUCUGAAAUUUGUCAUUUUAUUUGCAUGCAGUUUGUGUCGUGACACAUUCUUUUAUGGAAAGAAGGGGCUAGAGUCCAAACUCCAUAGAAAAUAUGUAUUUCUAAAACUUGUUAAAUGAACCACAACAUUUGGCUAAAAUAAAAAGUCAGAAAAUUCCAAACAAAGGGGUAACAAGUUUGACGUCAUUCUUGCCAUAGAAGAGGGAAUGGGGCUCUGUAAAGCUGUAUAUCUUUUGUUGGACCAAAACCUAUCAUCACUUGCAUUUGUCAUCUUUCUCAGAGCAUGCUAGUCACAGUAUCUGAGCAAUGUGAAAAGAAACUUCUAGCUGUCAAACAGGAGGAGAAAUCAGGUGAUGUUUCACUUACAUGUAUUUGUUGAACUGUGGGUUUUCAAAACACAACAUGCAGUAUAUAUGUCAUUUUGGUUAAUAAAUUAAUAAAUUAUGUGCCUUAAAAAACAUUACUUCUGACAUACAGGAUAGGUAUCAUUGAGAGGCAAUGUGUCUUGUGUUGCCAAUUACAAAUUGCAGAUUUUUUUUCUGAGGUGCUGGUUAACAAAAAUAAUAUUCUCUUGAAAUUUGUUUACUAAUGAAAUAAUUUGUGCGAUUCAUCACGACAUGUUGUUUGACAUGGACAUCCAUGGACUCCCAAAUGUUUAUCUGUUACCUUUCACUUUUUUACUUAUCCAGAUAUGCUGGAGAUGAAGAAGGAGAAUCAAAGACUUCAAAAUAUAAUAACAAAACUAAGGUAUACUGUAAAAGGAGUGUGAUUUUAUAUUGCUGUGCAUACUGCUGGUGUACUUUCUAAUUGUCCAACACUCUUUGUUAUUGGAAAUGACAAGAGACACCAACAAAUUUUGAGAAGCUGAUUCCAAAAGUUCAUUUAUACGAUAUACCAGAUGCAUCAGGAACGUAUUUAGAAAUACAUUGCGUUUGUGAAGGAUUACUGCACUGUUUGAGUUCUUUUAUUUGCCAUGCUUGGCUAUGUGAAGAUUUACAUUUACUCUUUACUGUUGUUCUCGAUCACACCUUUCCUGGCUAUGCAGCGUUUACAUGCGCGUUUUCGUCAGGUUCCAAGGCGCAUUCGGUAAAGGAAAAUUUUCUUGGAAUAAAUGUUUGCAUUUUUUUUAAUGUAAUACUAGGCUGUGAUUCUGUCCAAUUUGAACGAAGUUUUAAUUACUUUCUUACAAUUCUGUUUUGGUAGAGAAGAACAAGUGUCACUCCAAGUUCAAGUAGAGAAGGUAAUGUGUUCAUGAAGGGAAACAUCAUGGGAACGAAACCCAAUUUAACAAUCCCAGAGAAUCACACUUUCUCCGUGUUGUUCAUCGCGCGAGUUUAUAACUGAUUAUAAAAUGUUCAGAGAAAUGCGCGCGCCGUGAUUGGUCAGAACGAGUUCAUUUUAUUUCCAUAAAGCACGCGCCUUACAUCACUCGAGUGUACUGUUAAUGAAUAAUGCACACAGCUACGUCAUCGGUACGAGCGCGCGCAAUUCACGAUACUUUUUAUAAAAGAAAUAAAAAAACUUGUUCCGUGAGCAUUGUUGAGUUAUAUAAGCACUUGGGAAUUUUUAAGAACACUCGAGAAGUGCGAGAAGCACUCGCCUUCGGCUCGAACUUCUCCGCACUUCUCUUGUGUUCUUAAAAAUUUCCGCAUGCUUAUAUAAGUCAACAUUGCACUCGGCGCGUUUUUUAUUUCUUUAGCACGCCUUGCUCUCAGAGUUUACACGGCGCGGAGUCACUUUUUCGCUCACCUGUACUUAAGGUGAUCCUUCGGAAGACCAGGUUGUCAUAAAAUUUUUUUUAAACUUUCCUUAAAUGUUCCAUACAAUGUCUGUUUCUAAAAUGUAACAAAAAGAUGGGUCAACGUGUUUAUCUUAGAGAUAUGAUGAGCCUAACUAACCCCGUUGAUGCCUGUACUGGCACUAAUCACGCGCGUUAUGUCAUAGGUUCACGGUACAUUUUGCGGUAGCUGGAAGCGAGGGUUUUUAAUUAACACUUGAAUUGAAAAAAACUUGAUAGGUAGAAAGUCAUGAGCGUAUGGAGCAAUUUGAUUUACAUAUUGUGCAAAAAUCACGCAAUUUUGAAACGACAUCAACUCAAAACGUUCCUCGAGUCGUUGCUUUCAAGGUCAUCAUUUGCAUCCUCGAAUAAAGGGCUUCGUGCACACUUUUACUUUCUACCCAAAAUGGUGCUUGUGCGCAUGCAUUUAGAGCAGUUUUUAAUCGAAUAUCGAAACUGAUCCUAGAUUGCUCCGUUUUUGCUCUGUGAUUGGUCCAGAAUACUCGCGCCACAGUCUAAACCGAUCCUCACGUGGUCAAAUGCGUUUUCCCGCUCUUUAAGCUGGUUGCCUAUUGGUACCUUGAUUUCUUAUUGGUUUAUGAUGAUAAUAACCUUUGUUCUGUUUGGUUUGUGUUUUCGAAACUGUACUAAUCACCAUAUUAAAUUACACCCUUUUAUGGACCUUUUUUAUUGGAACGUUUAGGCUGAGAUUAACCAAAAUGUUACGAACGCACUAAGAAUAUACCCAGGCUGAGAGUCAGUGAAGAACGUCUUCAUUUUGAUUAUUUUUUUUGUGAGAAUAAUAAAUAUAAAGGUAAAAGAAAUGUAAAACUGUGGUCUUAAAGGAUAAUUAACUCAAGUACUUGGGGAAAUUUUAAGAAAGUUUUCGGCUCAAAUUGCUAAAAAAAGUUCUUAUAAAAAAAGAAAGAGUAUUCCGCAGUAAGUUUUGUGACAAAAGCAUACAGUUCUCACAGCACUUUGUAUUACUCUUCAUUUUGCAGCUUCAAGAGGAACUCGCUGCCGAGUACCUGAGAUAUAGGAACGAGUGCGAUGCUAGGUAAAGUAUCCAAGUUUUAAUCUAGAACCCAAUUGUUCAAAGCUGGGUUAAAACAACCCAGGCUUAGUGUGAAAUUUGAUUUCAGAUCUGAAAGCAUGAAAAUAAAAAUCUUCAUAAUUCUUUUUUUGUCUGCAACUUGAAGAUUGGAUGAUCUAAAAGCAAUAGAGAAAAUUAUUCCAAAAAGGCUUUUGAAUAAAGGAAUAAAGAAACCUAGUUUAUGAAUUAACCCUGGGUUAGCAUUAAUCGGCCUUCGAGCACCUGGGCCCAGGAUUAUAAUCUAGGACUGCUAUGAUUUCGCUUUACUUAGUUCUGUCAUUUGUCCAAAAAGCCAGCGGUCACUCGUGUUUCCCGCGCUUCAGGCAGCCUGUUAGUCUCACUUUGAAAUCUCAUUGGCUCCUUGUAACAUUUUCCUGUGUUGCGAUUGGUUUUUGUAACUUCUUUAGUCUGUUUUUACGUACCCUUUCAUAACAGCGUGCACGAAUUUUGUCUCUUCUUGUAUUUGGCAGGAAAAUGUUGAUAGCGGACAUAAACGAACUGAAAUAUCAACAGGAGGAUGCCAAAAAACCAAACGCUGAAGAAGAAGGGGAAGGAAAAGAAGAUGUCACCUUCCUAAAAUUGGCUCUUAAGUAAGUUCAAUUUCAAGACUUCGAACAAUUCCUCAUAUUUUGGUUAUUCCAUCGCGCGCGAGUACAAACAAGCAGUGAAAAAUGAUGUUAUCGCGCUGGAAGUGAGGCGUACGUAUAUCAAUAUUUAAUUUCGCUGAUUUUUUUUUGACUCGCGCGACGGACGUCAUCAAAAAGGAGAGAUUGCUCGUUGUCUUGCUCAAUCAGAAGAGUAAACACCUGUUAAAGGUGACUCUUCAGUUGAAUUGGAUCAAACUUGCCAGAUUUUCCUUUUUUUAACCUUGCUUGACCGUAAUUAAACACUAAGAUAGGCUUUGUGAGUGUUAGAAGUCAAAGUUGCACAAUAAUUGUUUGGUCUUUCAUUGCCAUUAAAUCAAUAAAAACUAUAACAAUUAGAAUCUAUCUCUUUUUUUGCUGGAAAAUCUCUCCCAACUCGAUUUUUGUACUGUUGCAAUCCGUACGAUGUACUGAAAGGACGUCUUCGUAUUGUAUUGAUGAGUUAAAUUUUUUUUGUGACAGGAAAGCGCGCGAAGAUCUUGACGCUAAGAAUAAAAAACUGGCGGAAAUGGAGGCUGAUUAUGGUGAUGUUGUACCAAGACGAGACUUUGAAAGACUGGAAACGCAGUUUAACGUAAGAAAUACUAAACUUAGCUGCGAAUUUCAGAAAUUGUAAAUAUCGAUGAAUUACCAACUUGUCCAAGUUAAAGCUUCGGGCAAAUUUUUAAAACGCUUCAUCUGUGCCCUUUUAGGGGCCGAUAACUAUUUAUCGCCUGUGUAGGGAGGGGGGGGUGUGGGGUGGGAGGAUUUUGGUUGUGGCACAGUAAAAUUGCUUGUAGUCUAAUGAUCUCCCUGAUUGGCAGUCAGUUUUCUUCUUUCCCCCUUCAAACUCUGUUAGCGGUGACUGAUCCCUCCCUCCCUCCCUCUGUUCCCCCUGACUUUUUGUAGACUAGGAAUAGUCUAAAUGUUCUUAGAGAAAUUUCUUGUGAGUGACACCUACUACUAGUAAAAGCAGUACAGUCUACACGUUAAGAUCACUUUCCUCAGGUGAGCUAAACCACUUAUAUCGCUUCUGAUGCAUUUGUAUCCUUUACAGAAAUUGCAAAAAGAUAUUGAGACGUUUACGGUGGAUAAUCAAAAACUCAUGCAAGAACACAAGUGAGUAUAUGAGGAUAUCCCUUCCCUCUCAUUCUUGCAGCUAUUCAGUUUGCACCGAGAUUGGAAGAAAAAUAAGGGGUUGUAUAAUAGUGUGUCUUGCGUUCUUCUUCCAUGGCUUCUCACGUGCUCAGCCUGCAAUGGCCCGCGCGAGCAAAGCAGACUGGGUCGAGCACAUGGACUCAAGGCUUGCUGGUACACCUCCUGGAAAGAUGAUGUGAAGCAACAUGUAGAGUGUUCCUGACUAUUGUUUUUACAAUUUGUCGUCUUCUCACUCUGGCAUUUUUUUUAUUCUUGGUUUCUUGACGAAGUAACACAGCCAUUUUUUGAGCCAAGCGAGGAGCGCGAGACAGGCGCAUAAGAACGAGCAUGGAGCGGGACAAAUGAAAUGGGAGUAUUUUCUCUUCCCUAACCUUGACUCCUAAGCUAUCGUGUUCCAAAAACUCCCCACAACUCUUAUUUAGCUCGCGAACUGGAAGACGAUAAUAGAGGAAAUAGAAGGUCUGUGAUCAGACUGCAUGUUUUCAACGUUUUCCAAAUUGUGGUACAGACAGUGUCUGAUUGCCUUUUAUUUUACAGCGCAAUUCUUGAAGUACACAAGAAAGUUGUUGAGCAGAGAGACCAGUACGCUCAUGACACUGAGCAGAUGAGAAGAAGCGCUACUCCAAGGUAACAAUCAAUCAGUUACUAAAUGCUACCUUUACCAAGUGAACUUGAUAAUGUUUUAAUGCAGUCUUGCCAAACCUUUAAAACUGUGUGAUAAGUAACGUGCACUCAACUCGUGUUCUCCUUCAUUAAUAUUUGCAGACCUCACUGGGAGAAAUGUGGUCAGUAUAUUGAAGGUGGAAUCGAUCGCUGGAACGAGUUGUCACAGGACAGAAGUAGUGAUGAGCUUGUGGAUAUUUUACUAGCAGAAAUGACAGGACAAGAUAUUACUAUUAUUCAGGCUGGAGUGAACACGGGUGCGGAAUACUUCACUGGACAGGUAAACUGAAAAGAAACCUGCAUAAUGUGUCAACUCUCAAUUGUCUAUCAAAUAAAAUACGCGAUUGUGAUUGGUCCGGAAGAGUUACGCCUCCCUCUCAACCAAUCAGACGCUGCAGUGCUUCAGGUAGUUUCUUGUUCUUAUUUGCUUCAAGUACUAUCUCCCAUCGCUCUGUUCGGUCUUUCUCCACUCAGGACUGGUAAACUGCUGUAGACACGCUAUUUUUCCACUCGCUGCAAACGUACAUAUUUUAGUUGCUGAGAGGACAGUUGUAAACGUUGUUUCUUUUUGUAGGGUACAGGCCCUGAAGUGCCUAAGUUCCUACGUUUUGAGGGACAAGUUCGUAACAGACGGCUUGGGAAGAGGGAUACGUCACUGCUUAUUAAGGACAUCUGGCAAGAAAAGGCUGCCCAUGAUGCGGAGGUAAACUUACUAAGCCGUUUCUUGUAAGGAAAAAAAAUGGAAAGAAGAAACACGUAUUGAGUUAAAAAAAUGAUCAAGGUGGAUUUUUUCCAAUAUCAUUUUUCUGACUAUUUGAGAUGGUUUCAGCAUUGACCGUCAAUCGAGAGGUUGAGCUUGACGUUGACAGCAAACAGAAACAAUAAACUCCUUGCUGUCUUGUUUCGCUCUUAAUGCGCUUUAAAGAAAAUGUCUGCUUUUGGUGUGAACAGGACUCAUGACCACUUAAUGCAAAUAUUUUCGUUUGAGCGUACAAACAAUCCCCAAAAAAUGUCCUGAUUAAAAAUCGAAACGAAACGCACAAAAUUACAUACAUAUUAAAUAUUGAGAUCAGUACAUAUGAAGACCUUGUAAUUUGAAGUAACGCACCAAAAGUUACUUGACUUGUUAAAUCCUGGACAAAGUAGAUUGUUUUUCGUUUCAUUGCAGCAAAUAGAUGAUGGAAAGAUUCCAUUCCUUGUUGUUUUCAUGUUAGUGGUUGUGUUGUCGCUGUUUGUUUGUUUGUUUGUUUGUUUGUUUGUUUUACCUAUAGUUCUGUAGGAACAUCCUCUUAUUGUGACGACAACUAGCGUAAUCGAAUGUAGUCUUCUCACAAGCAGACGCGGGAUAUAUAGUAUAAAUGGCCUUUUAUUCCUCGACUCGUAGAAUUUCAGCUUACUGAGGAACUUGAGUGUGAGUUAUGAAAUACUUGCAUGUGUCAACCAUUUCAUUUGCCGUCUUUUGUUGUCCUUUAGAAACCGGAUGGAGAACGCGAUGACUUGGGCGAAUUCUUGUAUCAGUAUCUCCAAAGGCGAUUUGGUGUCGAGAACAUGAUCGUAGAAUGGGGAUACAAUCUUUACGAUGCAUGUGGAAGAUACUCACACGAUCCCAGAAUAGGACUAUUCUUUGGCAUUCUUCAGAAAGAGGUAUGGUUGCCCCUUAACACCCUCACAUCAGUAUACAUAUUCUCCAUACUGUUCUCUAUACAUUUCCCAAGGUGCAGACUAGGAGAAUUUAGGUGGUGAUCAUUUGCGUUAUUCACGUGAUCAUAUUGUGUAAUUUGGGAGUGAUAUUGUAGGGAGAAAUUAGAUGUUAGUCACUCGUAGGGUUCAAGGGGUUAAUUUUAAAAAUGGCGCCAAUUCCAAGCCUUCAAGGAGUCAGGUGUAAUCUUAAAUAAAAUUCAUGGUAAAUUAGAAGUGUGAUAAAAAUAAACUUACAUCCGCUUUUUACUUUCCAGGUCGACGAAGCUGUUCAUCACGAUCAGCUAGUGAUGUUAGAGAAACUUUACAAUGCUUUGACUAAAGUUGAUCUGGCAGCAGGAAACCAGGUAAGCCCUCAUGUUUCUCGAAUAGUCCACACUUCAUUUACUAGUUGAAGAGCAAGUAUUGAGUUUCUGAAUGAUUAACACGAUUCUCUCUCAGGGUACAUUAUCCCGCGCGGACCUGGAGCAAUGCCUGCGGUCGUUUUUCCCGUUGAAAGACGAUGAAUCAAUUGAAGCGUUAAUGAAAGCCUGCGAACAGGAAGCACCGGGAGAGAGUGUUCAAUAUAAAAAUCUGUUUACUGAGGUGAGAAUUACAGAGCAGAACUCUAAGCUAUGUGAUCUAGAGGGUGUUUCUUGUUAAAUUCUUUCAUAAGGAACUUUACUAAAUUAACCCAUACAUUUUACACACCUAAAGAAAUUGGCAUGAAGCUCCAGAAGAAGAUCUGGGGUGCUUAAGACCGAUUAUGUACAAUUAAAUUUAUAAUUAUCUCCUCCAUGGUCCAAUUUUGGGAAAGGAACACAUUAAAUACGAUUUUUUUUAUUGUUUAUCUUUGCCCGAAAAGGACGAGGAAGGGCGGUCUGGUCCAUUUGUGGACAAGAUCAGAGAACAGGAAAAGCUUGAGAAGACCAUGUACAUAAAGGAUAUCGAAAGCGCUCUGGGUGGCAGCAGGCAAGUCUUACCUUUAAACGUUAAGGUUUAUCACUUCACUUGGCCACAAACUCACAAGCUGAGACUUGUAAAUGAAGUGACACCGGGUAGAAAUUUAGCAAUUAUUGGAUGAGGUUGAGCAUGAUAUCAUCAUGAUUCAUCAAUAUCGAGGUCGGGGUUCUCUGCUGAAGCCUAAAGCUGAGGCAGAUAACACAGACUCGAGAUUUGAUAAUUCAUGAUAUCAUGCGAAAACCGACUCAAUAAUUGUGUUAUUGUACAUUUAUUGACCAAUCUGCCCAAGAAGACACUUCUCUCUUACUUUGCAAAAGUUUGUGACCACUACACGAACGAGGGACUUGGAAACUACACUUCACACGCUAUUGUAUACUGACUGUCUGCAUGCACUCGACCGAUUAGAGUUUUCAUAACAAGUCUGGUGUAAAAUAACAAGAGAUAUCUUACUUCACCGCAGGGAUUUAAACCCCAGUAAAAGCAAAUUCUUGGCUUUAUUACUGCGCUUCAGGGAAUUCUGUAUGGCAAGCCAAGGCUAUUCGUUUUAUUCAUGCGCGAAGAUAGCAAAUUUUGAGUUCACUCGGUUGUUGCAUGGAAAUUGUUACGAGGUUGUGAUUGUUAUGUGAGACAAGAAAAUGUUGUUGUCCUUAAUAUUUCAUAGUGAAGUUUCUGUUGAGGAUGUCCGCCGCGCCAUUCAGUCUGUUGACCCAGAGGUACCGACUGAGAUGAUUGAUAAAUACCUGGAGCGAGCGUUUAACAUCCCCUCUGAGCAGCAAGAGUCUGGCACCAAGAUUGAAACGACGCUGUUAGUCAAGAGACUACAAAGUGGAAGCGUUAGGAGACUGGGCGCCAAACCGAAAUGA